UUUUAUUUACAUUGUAUCUGCACGGUGUGUUAACUCGUCACAUACUGACGCUUGGUCAGGACGUCAUUUUUCGACGUGCAGUGUACAAUCUCUGUACAUGACUUUGUUCCGUCAUUGAUUGAACUAUACAGCUUACAUAUCAUGCUUAUAUGACACACAGAACUUAUAGAAUAUGCAUUUACAUGUUCAUUUAAAACUAUUAUGUUUAAACAGUUAACUCACUUUCCCCAUUUCUGCUUACCUUUAACCUUCCUCAUGUUCUUCCUCUAAAUGAUAUUUUCCUUGGCUAAAGCAGAACAGAAACAGAAAUAAAUAAUAAUAUUCUGAACAGAAUUUUGAGAUUUUAAAAGGGGGUUGACCUCAAAUUGUACACAGCAAACUCUUAAAUAUGUUAUCUUUUGAAAACUUGGCAUGAAAAUAAAGUUUCUACCCGUUAUUUUGUAAUACUUAACAUGUGUAUCUCUAUUAAGCACGCGUACUCAACACAUCUACGGGCAGUUUCUGAUUGGCCAAUGCAUUCCUAAGCUCAACAGAAACGUGUUUGAAUGGUCAUAUGGCUCAACGCUGCACACAACAGUGCUGAAAAACAAUCGGAUGUAUCUAAAUGUAAUUCCGGAAAUUGACACAUUUCAUUAAUUUUACACAUUUUAUUUUAAUCGCAACAGCCGUACUAUAUUGUUUAAAUGUGCAGGGGCAUUUUUUGCCCCUUUGACCUGAAUUCAUGGGGCAUUUUUGUUCAUUUUGGUGGCAUUUUUGCCACAAGCUCUCGUUAAUUCCCGACCCUGGUGCAUACACCCCUAUGUGAAUGAGAUGCUUUGUUUAAAGUGAAUCAUAAUUUGAGGGGAUUUUGGAAGUUCCUUAAAACAAGGACAGAACUGAAUUAAAAGGAACUGAAGGAAGUGAAUUACAAUUACCUUAAGUACAUGUCAUGCAUGGAAAUGAUUAGAUUUUCAUCUAAUUGGUUACACAUCCACAUGGCCUAAAAUAACAAGUGCCUUCACUGAUAGGCCAAGAAACAGUUAUGAUAUUGGAACAGAUUAAUCACAGUUGGUUAAUUUCGGUUUCAGCCCCUCUGAUUUUUCACGUGACUGCUGUAAGAUGAGCGGUGCUUGGCUGUAAGAUGUGUGGCAUGAAGUGUUACCUGGGCUUCUCUGAUAUGCUUAAGCUUGUUUUAAUUGGCUAAACUCUACCACAUUCUGAUCCAUAGCUAUUUCAGGGCAUGUAAGACACAAGCGGUUUGAAGACGUGCCAGGCAUAAACAGGAAAGGAACAAUACAAUACAACUCACUAGAAAAUCAAUUAGUGGCAGGAUGAAUGUAAGUUCAUAAUACUCUUCCCAGUGAACACAUGCUGUGUGAGGUUUACUGUUUUAAGGAUUUUAAGUGUACAAUUCUUUAGUGCUUGUACUGUGCAACACAAAUCUGCAAUAAAAUCCCUAGUUAACAGUGAAAUAGUUUGUUGCUCUCAAUAAGAAAGGACCAAAGAGAAACAUGCCAGCUCAAACUGGAGAAAUGAAGCAGUGGCAACCUUACAACCACAGACUCUUGGCAGCUGCCAUUUCUGAAUGUUAAUCCACAAAUCUUCUGUAAUCAGGAUGAGUGAACAUGCCUGUCUUAACAGAGCACCUGUGUCAAGAUUUGGAAGGAUUCUUCAGUGAUCGGAGGCCUAAGUGUCCGAUCAGAUGGCUGGGAGGAGGGGACAGGCAGGGACACGGCUCUGUCCUGUGGGAUCAGACAGUCUACAGUAAGAAUCCAUACUGGGAGGACUAAACAGACACAGCAGAAGCAAUGAUCUGAUCACCCAGAGAGACGUGGACAACACUAAAACAUCUUCUGAGCACUUUUAAUGAUUCCAUGGAGGGAGCAGUGAGGACGCAGAUGAUGAUGAAGUGCAUGCUGAGCGUGUGAGUCCUGGCUCGUGCUGGCCAGAUGGCUGAGGUUAAAGUCACGGUGCAGGAAGAUCCAAAUCUGGGCUCCGGUCCAGAUGAGGAUGCCUCUGAGUUGUCAGUUUCAGAGGAUGAUUCAGAUUCUGGGAGUGUGCUGUCAGAUGACUCCGUGCUCCCUGAUUAUGAACGGGAAGAUGCCAGUGGAGGCUCUGCCAACACCUUGUACCAAGCCUGUGCCAAGAACAAUGCGGCAGCCCUCCACAGAGUUCUGGAAAGGGGUGUUACAAGAGACGAAGUCAUGGAACUAGACAUAAAUGGCAGGAACGGUCUGAUGGUGGCAGUCUCAAAAGGCUUUCUGGAUCUCGUGUAUGGACUCAACCAGUGCCCAUUUCUGGAUAUCAAUCACCAGGAUAAUGAUGGCAACACUGCACUCAUGAUCGCUGCACAGGCCGGUUACGUAAUCAUCCUCACCUACAUCCUAAAUUUCUUCAGCGGUGUGGACAUGGAGCUCCGGGAUAACCGAGGCUUCACCGCACUCCUCAAGGCAGUUAUGCAAGGCAGCGAUGACUGCGUGGCUUCACUGCUCAUGGCUGGAGCUGACAUAAAUGUUGUGGAUGCCACAAGAGGGAAGGACAUACGAGAAUGGGCUCUGAAGACAGGUCGCUUUGAGACAUUGUACAGACUUAGACGGCUGAACACCAGGCCUCAGGCUGAACAAUUCUGUGAAACAUACGUCCCAGAAUGGCCAGAUCUGAAGGAGCUUGUGGCCAAGGCCACAGCCACAAAAAGCACUGGACAGAAAGUCGCCCAUCGCCUAAAGUCCACGUUCACCUUUAGUUUUCCACAUGACCCCCAGGACAAUGGCAUCAUGGACCAUAUGGUGCGCAUAACCACAAGCAUCCACAGUCCCUUGGUAGUCACCGGAUGCCGCCCUCUGUGUCCAUCGAGCCCGCCGGAGAUUGGAAAGAAGCGCUUGGCUGUGCCUGAAUUGAUGCAGAUGCACCCUGGGAAAAAGCUUGAGGAACAUGUGAUGCGACACAGCAAUGGCUCCAUCUCUGUGGCAUCUACCUCUGAUUCUUCUGUGUCGCUGGGUUCGUGCUGCUCCGAUACAGAGCGGAGAGGCAGCGUGCUCUCCAUGGCCUCCAAUGGAGUCCGCAAGUUCGUCCCACGCAGCAUGGCCCGCCGCAACAGCGUGUUCCCCACCGGCUGCGUCCCCCAAAUCAAAGUGACCAAGUCUGGAGAUCCAACACCCAAGAAGGAGAAGAAGAAGAAGCUAACGAAAGGUUACUUAGAGCCACCGAUAUGGAAGUACAAGGAGGCUAAAGAGGAGAGGAAAAAAGAGAAGAAAAAGGAAAAAGCAGAUCAAGAGAAAACGGAUAAAGGAGCAAAGAAAAAAAGUAAAAAAUGAACUUCCAACAGGUUGCCAUGAUGCUCAGCCAUCAUUCUUUUAGAUCUUUCCUAACUGCUACUAAAAGGGAAACAUGUUUGAAUGGAUGAAUAUUUUUUUCACAGUCAUUUUAAAUGAAUGGAUAGCGGUACAGUACUUCUGAUUUAUUUAUGUAACCUCAAAUAAGAUUAAUACCUCUCCAACAACCAGUAGGCCUAUAUUUACUUCCAUUUUGAACAUUUUCACUUCUUUGUUUCAGGUCUUCUCCUUUAAGCCUAUGCUACGGCAACAUUAUUCUUUGUAAUGUACAAUUUUACAAAAGCCUUUUUUAGCUACACUACCUUUUGGGGUCAGUAAGAUUUAUUGUAAAAUGUAUCCGUUUUUAAGUUUUGACUCUUAGGUUCACCAAGGCUUCAGGUGUUCAAUACAGUAAAAACAGAAAUGUUUCGAAAUAUUAAUACAAGAUAAAGUUACUGUUUUCUAUUUUAGUACAUUUUAAAAUGUAACUUAUUCCUGUGAUGGCAAAGCCAAAUUUUCAGCAGCAUUUACUCAAGUUUUUAGUGUCACAUUAUCCUUCAGAAAUCAAAAAGUUGGGCUUUUUAAUAUUUAAUUUAAUUAUUGAUGUCUUUAAUGUCAUUUUUGAUCAAAAUAAUGCAUCCUUGAUAAUUGAAGGUUUUAAUUUUUUUAUAUCAUACUGACCCCAGACUUUUUAAACGGUAGUGUAUUUGUCCCUGUUCUGUUACUGUCAUUUGUAUGCAUUACACUAUUGUGCAAGCACUUUAAUAGUUAAAAUCUUCUACCAUACAGGCAAAUUGGUACUUACAAUAUUUAUCUUUCCUCUUUACCUCUAUGCAAUUACAUUUGAAAUUAAAUGGAUGUAUGAAUUUGUUCUUUAUUUUGUUUUUGUUUUUUUUGUGUGUUUGUCUCAGGGAAAGCACUUAUUGUGUACAUUAUAAAGCCAGGCACUAAAAUGACCCCUUAAAAAAGCAAAAUCUAUGUAACACUAUUAUUACUGGUGUACGCAUGAUUAUCCAUCAGACUGCAAGAUGGAAAUUGUACUGUAUAAUGCACCAGCCAAUAUGUUAUGUAUUCCUGUUUGUUUUGACUGACUAUACAUUGUUUGUAAUAUUCUAGUUGGAUGAAAUAUAAAACAAACAACAAAAAGAGACUAAUAAACACACAUAUGUGUGA